AUGGGCAAGCCCGGCCUAGGCCUCUUCACGGGCCGCCGCAAGUCGCAGGGUAACGUCAUGGACGAUGUGCCUGACGUUUCCACCAGCCCGGAUACCACGACCGCUCCCACCGACGCGGGCGGUUUCCGGCUGCUCAGUAGAACCGAAGUCGAAAAGGCAAAAGAACAGCGCAAGACGCAGGAAAAGUCAUCGUCCAAGUUCCCUCGCUUCACCGGUUUCGGCCAUCCUAGCAGUAAGAACCGCAAUCACGACAGCAAGUCCAGUAGUGGAACGCAAUUUUCUAAUUCGAGGCCUUAUGCAAAUGGCCAGCAUGGCUCCACCUCGACACUCCCUUCUUCCACCGACACGAGCUCAGACGAUAACCUCUUUGCCAACGUUCCUCGCCCAUCCGUCUCCCAUCACAACAGCUCACCUGCCACCGACUCAUCAGGGGGCUUCCGAAAACAACUCCCCUCGCUGCCCAAGUCGAAUCAGACCGCAGCCUCUCCAAAGGACAUGUCAGCAUCUGGGUGGAGCAGCAGGAACCGUGCUUUGACCACGUCGAGCUACGCUAGCACAGCCGUCCCACCCAAGCUAGACGGGGACCUGGACUUUGGCGGCUUCGAGGACGACAUGUUCAGCCACUUGGACCACAAGCAAACGCCCGAAAUACCACGAGAGAUCGCCGGUCGUUCGCUCCUUUCGGAAAAGCGCACAUUCCAGGCAAACCCCAUCAAGAUCGAUUCCCAGCUCGAGGUCGAGCCACCGCUAAAGAGCUGGGACAGCCGCAACUCAACAGAUAACCUCAUGGCGUCCACACACUCGGACGACGACUCACCGCCUCCGCCUCCGCCUCCUGCCCACAAGUACUCGUCGUACGCUCCUAUUGCUUCAGAAAGCCCUACCCUGGGAUCCAUGUCUACCUUCCAAGACCCUGAUGCCCAAUUCGUGCGCAAGUCUUUUAUGGAACGAAAAUCUCACCGUGAAAACUCCCCUGAGACACAGCCCAAAUCCAUGUCGUCCUCGUCGGCAAAUUCAUACGAAACCCCCUAUUCGUCACGAUCAGCCACAGCUUCGAGCACGACCACAAAUACCACACCAAAGGCCUCACUCGCUCCCGCUGCCUCCCCCUACCAUGAUACCGAAGAAGACGACCUCUUCACAACAUCCAAGCCCACACCCAAGCCCGAAGCUGCUCCACCGAAGAAAAUGACAAGCCUCACACCCAACGGCAGUCGUGCAGUUGCGCCUGCCACUGCAGAUGGUAGGCGUGUCAUGUCGCAGGCAGAGUUUCGCGAGUAUCAGAAGAAGACCAUGACCCACCCACCCCAACAAGACAGCUCUGAUGACGAGGACUACGAGGAUGAGGAGGAUGCUAUCAAGCGACGAGAGGAGGAGGAGUUGAUGAGACGCAAGAACCAGCAGAUGCAUUUCGCACGAGAGGCCAUGCGUCGCUCUACUACAGCACCGUCGCUCCCAACAGAGUCUGGAAGCGUGGCAGACGGCAUGGGCUUCCCAUCAGAAACAUCCAUGAAAGCAGAGGAGUGGGAGGAUGAGGAUGUACCGUUGGGCAUCCUAGCACAGCACGGCUUCCCUAGCCAAGCACGAAACAGAUUCCCCAGCCAGCCAACAAAUGCAAUGCCCUCGUACAUUCCAGAUCGCCCGGCGUCUGCUGGUGCUCUGGGUCAGAGGGGACCACAGGCAAACCUACCGGCCUUUGCGAGACAUCUCCCUCAAGACCCUUACAGCGCGCCCUACAUUGGAGGUGGCUUAGUCCGGCCGAUGAACCGCGAAUCCAUGGGGUUCAAUGGAUUCGCACGUGGCCCUGGCUCUGUUGCGGGCGAUUCGGUUGCCGGUGGCAUGGCAACGCCUCCCAUGAUGUACCAAGACGCUGGCAUGUCUCAACCCUCGUUAGUGGAUCAAAUUCAGAUGCGAGACAUGACAAAGCAAAAGUACAUGGGAGGUGCGUCGGCGAAGAAGCCACAAGGUGGGCCCUUUACUGGCAUGCUCGGGCAACAAAUGAACACCAGUGGUCAGCCCCAAAACCCCAUGCGCAUGUCGCACAUGCCCAUGAACGGUAUGGGGGCUAUGAACGGCAUGGGCGCCAUGAACGGCAUGAACGGUAUGAACCCCAUGAUGAACAUGAUGGGUGGCCAGAUGCCCAUGGGCGGCAUGGGCAUGCCGGGUAUGGGCAUGGGCAUGGGUAUGGGGCAAAUGCCAUACCCCAUGCAGCAAGGAAACGACUACAUGCAACAAUUCCAGCAAAUGCAGCAAAUGAUUGCUAUGCAGCAAAUGCAGCUUCAAAUGAUGCAGCAACCGCAGCAAGAUGGACGCAUAUCAAUGGCCAUGUCCAACAAUGGCUAUGCAGCCAGUAGCAUGGGAGGCGGCAGCUUCCUCAACGUCCCGGGCGGGGCCAAUCGACCCAUGUCCGUCAUGUCAGGCAACAACCAAAAUCAACAGCGCUCAAUGUCCUUAAUGGGCCCUCAUCCAGGGUACACUCCCUCCAUCGCACCUUCGGAGCGUUCUAACAUUGGUUUGUCCGCUAGGUACCGACCCGUCGUCAACCAAUCCGAUUCAAUGUCCAACGGAACGUCGAUGACGCUCCAAGCCUCGAGCGGCGCGAACCAAAACAGGACAGGUGCUAUCAAAGGCAUAUUAAAAAAGGGCAGCCCAGGGCCGCAGAUGACGGUCAACGAAAACGAUGAUGCGGAGGAAGACUGGGGCAAGAUGGCAGCAAGAAAGAACAAGCACGCAAAAGGCAAAGAAAACAACAGCUUGGGCCUAGAGGAUCUUACGCGCGGCCUUAAAAUCUAGACGAGCUACAUACACGUAGGCUCACGAGGCUUUAGACGCAUAUGCACAAUGAUUGGCGGUGCAUAUCUGGAAGGGUCCAGAUGGAUUUGACGGCUUAGGAACAACGACAUGACCAAGUUUAAUGUCCAAUUUGGACAUGUAUUGAGCGAUUUCCAGGCCUAGGGCCUUUGUUUCUUCUUGUAUUUGCAUUUACAGACGGCGUUCUGAAUCGACCUUCUCCUUGUCAUACUUUGGCCAUGGGGGAUAUACAUAUCAUGUCAGCGCAAGUGCCCACGCCUCGGGUGGUGGGACGUUGUUUUUACAUAAGGCAUUUUGCGGGCGGGUAGGAAAUUGGAAAAAAACGUUUUUGUUUGCACAUGGGAUGGGGCGCGUGGAUUGAGUGAGCAGAGGGCAAGGGCGUGUGGGCGAGCAUUGUGGUGGGACGAGAAGAGAAUAUACAGGAGCACGGUGAUGUUGUGGAAUUCUCUUGUAAUAAUAAUAUCAUACACACUCGCAACUUUGGCAAUAGAUGGACUGAUGAGAUGAUCUGUCUACACCUGGACGCCCUAACGCCUAUCGUGGUGGAAUUGUAUUAUGGCGAUGACAUGACAUUACCGUUCCAUAUUACCGUCUCUGUCCAAAAGCUCACGUGCAGCAAUGAUAUCGGCCUCGUCGAAGCCUUGCCAGGAUUUGUUGCCGGACUUGAACUGCCUGACCAUUUCGGCCAGCUUGUUGGUCGCCAACUCCUCCAGUUUCUUCACCAUGUCGCUGCUGGGAAUUGCAACGUCGUCAUCAUCCUGUGCAUUGCGUUUGCUGGGUGCAGAGGCCGAGUCG